CACGAAAAGGAAUACGUGCAUCGCCAAGCAGAAAAAGAAGUUAAUGUCUCUCGAAAGGCUCCAGCAAGUUGCGGUUGAACUUUUUUAUUCACUUUCGUUCUAGCUCAGUUAAGCCCUCUCCCAGCGGGCUUUAAUUUUGUAUUUUUUGCUUGCUCGGCCGCCGAGCCGUCCGUUUCGACCGACCAGCAACGAUACCACCCAACCUACCUUAGUCAUUAUCAAUUGUCUAGAGCUUGACAAUGGAUACGUCGAUUGACGGCGAUGAUGGUAGCAUUAGGCGUGCGUGUGAUCAAUGCCGCGUUCGAAAGAUCCGCUGCGACAAGAAUACACCGUGCUCCAACUGCACGACGGCCCGACGCACAUGUUCGUCCACUGGCAUUGGGCAAAGACCCAAAGAACCCCGUCAGAGGGUUCUGAUAUCGACUCAAUAUGAACGCAAAAUCGAUCAGAUCGAGGAUCGGCUUGGUCGCAUAGAGAAAAUCCUCCACCAACUGCCCAAUCUCAUCAAGCAGGCCUCGUCAAACACCAAUCAGACGCCAGCGCCGUCGACAGGCUCUGCAUCCUUCUUCGACAAGCCCCUCGCCAAGCCCCUCAAUAAACCCCAUCCGCCACAAAACAACGGGACCCCAGGGACGGUCACGUCGUCUACAUCGUCGCCCGGUGCCGAGCGCCACGCGGCCGUCGUCAAGACCGACUCGGAUGCUGAAGAAGGCGAGGCGGAUGCGGACGCUCCCUUCGAGGGCGACUCGUCCAUGACGGCACACACCGUCUUCGCUUCCGAGUUUCUCCAUCUCGCCGUCGGCCGCACCUCGCUCGAGCCUGGCCACGCCCACGUCAUGGACAACCCGAGCCUCCACAGCGCCCUAUCCAGCCUCCAGCAGAUCGUACACAUGCAGAAGCGCGGGAGCACCACUGCCGACAUUCGCUUCCUGAACCAAAAAUUACUUCCGCCCGGUGGCCUUCGGGACCUCCCCUUGCCCCCUCUCAAUGUCGUGGUUGACAUAUUGAGGGAGCUCAAAGGCAAUCAUGCCCAGCAAUAUAUCCCGGUGACUUUCACGCUGAUGUGCUCCUUCAUCGGCGUCGACGAGUUCACCGAGCACUGCCGACGCGUCUACUUUGCGACCGAGGACUACUCGCAGGCCGACUACAUCAUCACCGUCGCGGGACUCUUUUACGUCUUUGAGGAGCGCGCCUUUUCCACAAACGACUACGACGGCGGCGCCCAUUCCAACGAGGAAUACCAGCGCUACUACUACAUGUGCCGCGUCAACCUCGAGGCGGCGCUGAGCCAGUUCAACCUGCUGCAGCCGGCCAAGCGCGAAAACGUCGAGGCGCUCCUGCUGGGCACCAGCUACGCCAUCGAGCUGGCCAAGCCUAGCCUGGCGUGGCAGCUCAGCAGCACGGCCUGUCAGAUGUGCCUGACCAUGGGCUACCAUCGGGCUGGGGCCGAGACGACGGCGCGGCGGUCGGCCAGCAUGGAUCACGGCGGCAGGAGCAGCAGCAGCAACGACGGGUGUGGGGCGUCGGUGGGCUCUUCAGUCGGCGACGACCACGGCGCCUCCAGCAGCAAGCGGCAGCUUCUGUUUCUCUUCGCCUACACGCUCGACAAGGGGCUGGCGCUGCGGCUGGGCCGAGCAUCUGUCAUCAGGGACCAGGAGAUCACGGUGCCGCGGCAGGUGGGCCGGAUGGGCGAAUACGACGAAUACCGGGACACCAUCAACAUGUGGGCGCGGCACGCGCACGUGCAGGGCCGCAUCUACGACGACCUCUACAGCCCCGCGGCGCUGCGGCUGCCGGUCGAAAGGCGAUUGCAGACGGCGCGGGAGCUGGCAGCCGAGCUGAGGAACAUGAUGGACAUGUUGCCGAGCAUGGAGAUUUACCAGCUGCCCGAGGCGUCGCGGGACAAAAAGUACGAUGCCGGCGUUCUCGACAUGCUCAUGAAGUCAGACCGGGUCUCGAUGCUGAGCUCGCUCGCCCUGUGCUACCGCGCGAUCCCCGCCGACGGCCGCGAUAUUGCAGGCGACGGCAUCCCGAGGACUUUUAACCAAGAAUGCAUCGAGGUUGCGAGGGAGGCCAUGCAGGCGCAUGAAGGGUGCAUGCAACUCAUGCACGAGAGUCGGGACCUGGCGACAGCUUAUAUCCACUGGACAAUUCUAUACUCUCCGUUUAUCCCCUUCAUCGUCAUAUUCUGCCACGUCAUCGAGACCUCCAACCUCGACGACCUCGCGCGGCUCACCGAGUUCGUCAAGUCCCUCGAGGUCGGCCGCGACAUCAGCGAGCCGGUCGGCAAGCUCCACCGCCUCUGCAACGCGCUCGUCAACGUGGCGACCAUGUACCUCGAGACCAAAAAGCAGCAAUUGGCCGCAACCCAGGCCGAGAAUGGCGCAGCGACGUACCCCGUCAACAUGGAGUUUGACAUGUACUUCCGGGACCUCGGCUUCAUGCCGCCGCAGCCUUCUGCGCAGCCGCAGCAGCAACCUGGGCUGAGCGUCUUGCAGCAGCAUCAACAGCAGCAGCCGGGACUCGGUUAUGAGUUGGGCAACGCGCAACUGGGGGAUUGGUUCUCGGGCAAUUUGUCCAUGAUGGGGAUGCUGGAGAGGGAUUUGAGCCAAUUUAGCCCUGAGAAUUGGGCUCAGAGUACCACAGCUCCUGUUUCAGGCCCUGGGCCGGUUCUAGGGCAGCAUCAGAUGUAAUGUACCUAGGUUCAGGAUGUAAUGUUGCUAUCGCUGGUGGUGUUUUCUUUGUCUGUAGCGUUUCAUGGAUGGGCCAGGUUCCUACGCAAGAGUUUACCAAAGCUGGCCCA